AUGACCGCCAGACGCCACAUUGGCGUGAACGCCGAGGAUGUUAGUCCCUGGAUCCCUUGGGAAACGCCCUCGCUGCCCCCUAGGCGGGACACCGAGGGCUACGGGGCUGAGCGCUCGGGCACAGGCGGCCGGGGCCGUGCACAGCGAGGGCUUUCACAGGCCGAGGACGCGGACACAGAGGUCAUUCUCGGCGAAGAAACCGGUCAGCUGUUGCGGGGUGACCUCCGUUCAGGGGACAGCGAGCGUCUGCCCAGCCGAUCCACUGCCGGCGCCGACCAGAAAGACCUACCCCCGGAGCCGAUCCCGGACCUGGUUCCUGUCCAGCGGCUGUCCCGGCCUCCGCACCCCGGAGCUGCGCUCCCCUUCGGAGAACGUCAGGUGUUGACUUGGGGCGACCUGAGGGCUCCAUCGCCCUUCAGGUUCCAAACGUCGACCCGACAACUCACGUCUGCGGCCGCCGUGCAGAGCGUUUUCGAGGUCCCAGGCUGCUCCAUGUGCUUCGAUGGCACCAGGUGGCAUCCAUGGGGUGAGGACGCCGGCCACACGCGGCGAGCCGGACGGGCAGAGGCGGUCUGCAGCUGCGUCGUCCAUGGCGGGCAUUGGGAGCGUCAGGCUGCUCGGCAGAGGGGCGCCGUGGGGCUGGUGUGGGGGCAUCGCCUGGACCCAACACAGGGUCAGGGACACUGCCCGGCGAACCUCGCUGCACUACAAAUAGUCCAGGAGACAGGGACACCCCCCCAGCUCCUCGUACAGAGAACUUUCUGCGUGGUCUCUGCGGCCAGGCUGGCUCUCCGGACACGAGCGUCCGCAGGAGGAAGCGUUAAUGUGGAAUUUACUGGAACACAAACCUGAGGCUAAUGGCGCAAACCGACAGAAAGGGAAGCUGCUUCUCAAGCGCGUGAACUCCAGGAGUGGUUCCCACCAGGGCUCAGCGACCCUCACGAAGAGCAGCACGCGGCCCCGGGGAUGGCUCGGGCGCUUCCAGUUUCCUCGAGGUGACCGGGCGGGGGUUCGGCAAAGAUACCCAAACGCCCAGGAACGGGGCGGCGUGGCCCCGCACCCCCACGACCGUGAGCCUCUACGCUGCACCCGGGCAGCACUUCCUUGCCCACCUUGAAGGUGCGGGGUCACUCGCUGACAUGCAGACCGGGUGCGGCUCCAGCCGCCCGACCCCUCCUGGCUGUGCAGCCCUGA